CCCACCUCGGCUCCGCUACGGGGCCUCUUCGCGCGCGCUCCCCCAGAGAAGGGCUCCCUGGGAGUCGCGCGCGCCGGCGCACGAUGGCCUCUGAACCGCCGGUCGCCGAGAACGACCAGGCCGACCUGCCCGACGGACAGGACUCGGGACAUCUUCUACGUCUGCAAGAAAGCGCUUGAGAGCCUCAAAGAGAAGCUCAAGGCAGGGGGAGAGGUGUCCCAGGAUCUCGUGAACGAGCUCACGUUCCCAGAGAAGCUGGCAGACGAGGAGAUGAUGGUGCCCGUCGACAUGCGCGGCGUGGGGGAGGAGUUCGACGACGUGGAGUCGAUGGUGGAGAAACUCGGCCCAAAAGGGACCGCCGAGGCCUUCGUGAAGGCGCGCGAGUAUUUCGAGGCGAACAAGGACAAGGAGAGCCCGAGGACGAGAGGCCACAGCCGAUGA